AUGGCUCCCGAUCCUGGGUCAGAAGCAGAGUAUAUCCGAGAGAAAGCCCGGAGAGAUCUACUGAAUCUUCUUGAAGGCGUGCGAGGCAAAAAGAACCUUGUGAUUAGCAAAGACCUGGCUGGCCCAGUUGGCUUGUUUGUUAAGUUCUCCGUUCUUCAAGAGUACGGAGUGGACCGUGUCUUUUUGCUUGAGAAUGGAAAUGUCGAUUCCUCCCAAAAGAAUAUUGUCUUCCUGGUGCAUGCUGAAAAGCCUACCCAGGUACAAUCCACGGCUGAACAAAUAAGAAAGCUUCAACGAAAUGGAGCUGUCGAACAUGAGUUCUUCAUAUUCUGGGUCCCACGCCGUACUCUUGUUUGUAAUCAAAUUUUAGAAGACGAAGGUAUUAUUGGAGACGUUAAUAUCGCGGAAUUUCCGCUCUAUUUUCUACCUCUGGAGAGCGAUAUUCUCUCCUUGGAGCUGGGGGAUGCGUUCCCGGACCUCUAUUUGCACAAGGACCCAGGCCCAGUUUAUCUUUCCGCUAAAGCAUUAAUGAAUCUGCAGCUACGGCAUGGUUUCUUUCCUCGGAUUGUUGGAAAAGGAGACAAUGCGAGGAAAGUAGCAGAUCAACUUUUGCGAAUGAGAAAAGAAUUAGAUGCUGAAGAAACUUCUGGAUUGAACUAUGGGUCUAGCAGAGGACUUAUGGUUAGCUCAACAAUGGAGAGUUUGAUAAUUAUCGAUCGAGAUGUGGAUUUCGCAACUCCACUGCUCACCCAACUCACAUACGAAGGUCUCGUUGACGAAUUUUUUGAGAUCGCAAAUAACCAAGCCGAAGUUGACUCCAUGAUCCUCGGCCCUUCUGCACCUACACCCUCGUCUUCUCAAGUAACGUCCUCUAGUACAUCGUCGGCAGCUGCCAAACAGGGUUUAAAACGAAAGAUACAACUCGACUCCUCUGAUCAAUUAUUUGGUCAACUUCGCAAUGCAAAUUUUGCUAUAGUUGGAGGUCUAUUAAAUAAAGUAGCCCGACGGCUGGAGAGCAACUAUGAGAGUCGCCAUGUAGCCAAAUCGCCCGCCGAACUACGGGAAUUCGUCAACAAAUUACCAGCGUACCAAGCAGAACGCACUAGUCUUCAAGUUCACGCAAAUCUUGCAGAAGAUAUCAUGCGUCAAACCCGUUCUGACAUUUUCAGGAAAGUGCUUGGAGUUCAGCAAAAUGUCGCAGCCGGCUCCGAUCCUACUUACCAGCAUGAGAUUGUCGAAGAACUCAUCGCACGUGACGUUCCUCUAAAUACUGUUCUCCGAUUACUGUGCCUUGAGUCCUGUAUGACUGGUGGUCUCCGACCCCGGGAUUUAGAAAACUUUAAAAAACAAAUAUUGCAAGCAUACGGGUACCAGCAUCUCCUAACAUUCCAUGCUCUUGAGAAGAUGGAGUUGCUUCAGGCACGAUCAUCUGCAACUGCUAUGCUGCUCCCCACCGGAAGCGGUCCGGCGGGUUUGAAAUCCAACUAUAGCUAUCUUCGCAAGAGUCUGCGACUUAUUGUCGAUGAAGUGAACGAGCAGGAUCCAGAUGAUAUCGCAUACGUCUACAGUGGGUAUGCGCCGCUCAGCGUACGCCUUGUCCAGUGCGUCUUGCAGAAACCAGAUAUCCUGUCCCUCACAAAGGGCCUCCCCGCAUCCGCUGCAGGAGUUUCUGCCGGAAUUUCAUCCCCUGGCUGGCUAGGAUUCGAAGAGAUCGUAAAAAGCGCACGGGGUUCCACGUUCAAUAUCGUCCAAAAAGGUGAUGAGAAGGCGGUAAGGGCGCGCCAAACCCUCUCGGGAACCGGAGGCAUAAAGACGGUGUUUGUAUUUUUCCUUGGUGGGAUUACUUUUACCGAGAUUGCGGCGCUGAGGUUUAUUGCGAGCAGAGAAUCGGAGCGAAGACGGAUUGUUGUUUGUACGACGGGAAUAAUCAGCGGGAAUCGAAUGUUGAAGGGGGCGAUUGAACAGCAGGGAUUUGCUAAGUCUAGUACAUAG